CAUUGAUAAAGUAGUGCUGGUUUGAGCCCGAGGACUGAAGCUGGAAGCAUCACCUCAUCAUGCACUCACACACACAUAGACUUCCUGUGUGUUUGUUUACAGGCUGACACCACGCAGGCAUCAACACAUUCUGUCACACUGCACUCCAAACAAAUGCACCACAAAGAAGCGCUCACACAUACACCCACACAACAGUCACAUGCUCUAAUGGGACCGGACCACAACAUCAUCACCAUCAUCAUCACCAUCACAGCCUCUCUCGUUUUCUCUCCUCCGUCUUUUGAGUGAAAACAAGGACACCUGUAAGAGAAGCUGGAGUUCUGCAGAUCUGAUCCAGCGUCAGUUUUUCCCAAAGUCUUGCCUUGUUGUUGGAUAAAAACAGGCUGCAGCAGGACGGUGGAACCAGCCGACACACCAGCAUAAAGUCUGCCCGUCAUCCUGGGAUCUACGGAGGCAAGCGGAGUGCCGGUGUCGGCCAUGAAGCUGGUGAACGGGGGAGGAGGAGGAGGUGGUGGUGGUGGAGGAGGAGGUGGAGGAGGAGAGAAGACCACCUUUUCCUUUAAGAAGUGUUCUGCCUUUCAGUUUGUCAAGAGAAAGGUACGAAGAUGGAUGCGAAACCCUAAAGUGAAUGUAGAGAAGACUCAGGGGAAAGGUCUCUACCCAUGUCCGAAGUGUCCACUGGCAGAGGAUCUGUGGUACACCCACUUCCCCUCACCGUACGGCUGCUGCCACUACUCGGGUCUGCAGGGUGGGCAGUACUACCACCAGGAGCCGUCGUCACCGUGCCCUGCAAGUGGACAAACCAGCGACCAUGACAAGAGCAAAGGCUGUAAGGUCAGAAAGUGGAAGAUGCUGGCUCGUCAUCAUGGUGACAGCACAGGGAAGCAGAAGGAAGCAGAGCCAGACGUCCACCUCGGGGGUUGCCAGUCCUGGGGGAUGCAUGCUUCACCCCUCCUGGCUAGUCCAGUCAUGCUAGAGUGCUCCAUCUGCAGUGGACCCUACAUCAGCUACACCCUGGAGGAUACAUGGCAGCCACGACAACGCACACAGGCGAUGGACCUGUACUACCACAAUGAGUCAGACCCAGACAACUACUGUUGCCCUGGCGACAACACUUUUAUGAAGCAGAGGAGAAUGGGGCUGAACGACUUCAUUCAGAGACUUGCCACAAACUCCUACGCCUGCAAGCACCCUGAAGUUCAGUCUAUUCUGAAUCUGAGUCCUCCUCAAGAUGCUGAACUCAUGAACACAAACCCCUCUCCUCCUCCUAGUCCAUCCCAGCAGAUCAACCUCGGUCCGUCCUCCAACCCCUCAGCAAAACCCAGCGACUUCCACUUCCUCAAAGUGAUCGGCAAAGGCAGCUUUGGCAAGGUCCUGCUCGCACGCCACCGCACAGAUGACCAGUUUUACGCAGUCAAAGUCUUACAGAAAAAAGCCAUCCUUAAGAAAAAGGAGGAGAAACACAUUAUGUCUGAAAGGAACGUGCUGCUGAAGAAUGUCAAGCAUCCAUUUUUGGUCGGCCUGCAUUACUCCUUUCAAACGGCGGAUAAACUCUACUUUGUCUUGGACUACAUCAACGGAGGAGAGUUGUUCUACCACCUACAGAGAGAGCGUUGCUUCCUGGAGCCCAGAGCCAGGUUCUACGCUGCAGAGAUCGCCAGUGCUCUGGGUUACCUCCAUUCCCUCAACAUUGUCUACAGGGACCUGAAGCCAGAGAACAUCCUGCUGGACUCUCAGGGACACAUCAUUCUCACAGAUUUCGGUCUCUGCAAGGAGAAUAUUGAACCCAAUGGGACCACAUCCACAUUCUGCGGUACGCCAGAGUAUUUAGCCCCCGAGGUGCUUCACAAGCAGCCAUAUGACAGGACGGUUGACUGGUGGUGUUUAGGAGCAGUUCUCUAUGAGAUGCUUUAUGGCCUGCCUCCGUUCUACAGCCGUAACACAGCAGAGAUGUAUGACAACAUCCUGAACAAGCCACUUCAGCUGAAACCUAACAUUUCCAACGCAGCAAGACACCUGCUGGAGGGUCUGCUACAGAAGGACCGCACCAAGAGGCUGGGCUGCACAGACGACUUUAUUGAAAUUAAGAACCACAUAUUCUUCUCUCCCAUCAACUGGGAUGACCUCAAUGCCAAGAAGAUUACCCCUCCCUUCAACCCCAACGUGACGGGACCUAACGACCUGCGGCACUUUGAUCCAGAGUUCACAGAUGAACCGGUGCCCAGCUCCAUCGGCUGUUCCCCAGACAGCGCUCUCGUCACAGCCAGCAUCAAAGAGGCAGCUGAGGCUUUUGUGGGCUUCUCCUACGCCCCCUCUAUGGACUCCUACCUAUAGGACUGACAUGGGCGCAAAUGUAGACUCAUGGGACGUGUCUGCGGACUUUGCAUCUUGACCCCAUAUCCUCAUUUUCCGUCAGGAUGAUGGACGUUUCCAAAAAACAACCCCCUGCAACAAAUCUGCAUCUACAAAAACGUGUACUUGUCAUAAUCUCGAAUGCAUUCAUGAAGGCCUGCUACAGGAGGAUGCCUGCCGUGGUUGAACGAUUCCCUGGGGUUAUAAUCCUCCAUCGUAUCCUGAUUUGAAAACGCACAAUUUCUUCAACUUUCAACGACAAACACAAACCUACUAGAUCUGUUGUCAGUGUUCGGUUUUCCAUUUCUUACCUGAUAGUGGAGGUCUUUGCACAUAGCUCAGGCAGCUUAAAAGCCCCCCCUUUGACCCCAACGCCACAACUGACAAGCACAGACACUAUCAUCAUUCUGUUAAAGAUUUCCACCUCCAUCUAUGUAGCGAAGCAUCCUUUGAGAUUCUCUCCACCACCAAUGGGGGCUUAUCUGUUAAGUUUUGAAUGACAUUCAUUUAGGUGCUUUAGUUUCUUCUCAUUUGUUUUCUGUGUGGUUGAAAAGGGAUUCAUUUUAAGCUGAAUGUUACAGAGGGGGACAUUUAAUUUCUCUCAAAGGUGCCUUUAUUUUUUUCUCUCCAUCCGAGCUCGCAUCUUUUGGGUUUGUCUGUGUUAUCUUAUCGCCACCUAGGGACGAUGUAGCACUAAAUUAAUUCACCUGUUUUUUGUUUUU